CGGCAACUCAUGGGCAUUGAUUAUCGCGAUGCCGAACACAUCGUAUCCAAGGAACAAAAGUCUCGGGGUGAAGUAUUCGGCUGCGGUCACAAGUAACCCAAGAUGACUCCCAACAAGAAGCAGCUCCAUCUCACGGCGUUCAUGCGGCCCAUCUCGCUUCACCCAGGAGCAUGGAGAUAUCCCGGUUCGUACCCGGAUGCGAACUUCAAUCUGAAACACAUCACCUCGUUCAUUCAGAAGCUUGAAUCAGCCAAAUUCGAUGCUUUCUUCAUGGCCGAUCAUCUAGCCGUGCUGAACAUGCCCGUCGAGGCUCUCAAGCGCUCCCAUACAGUAACAUCGUUCGAACCAUUCACGUUGCUAUCAGCGUUGGCGAUGGUCACUGAUAAGAUUGGACUCGCCGCGACUGCUUCAACCACAUAUGAUGAGCCCUACCAUAUCGCACGCCGGUUUGCCUCUCUCGAUCACAUCAGCAAUGGCAGAGCGGCAUGGAACGUAGUAACUACUGGAAAUCCGGAGACAUCGAAGAACUUCGGCCAGGACGAACACAAGCAACAUACCGAUCGCUACAAGCGUGCGCGAGAGUUCUACGACGUUGUGACUGGCCUCUGGGACAGCUUUGCAGACGAUGCUUUCGUGCGAGACGCCGAAAGUGGCGUGUACGUCGACCCCGCCAAGAUACAUACUCUCAACCACGUCGGCGAUGAUCUGAGCGUCCGGGGGCCGCUGAAUAUAGCACGACCAAUUCAGGGAUGGCCGGUCAUCGUUCAAGCAGGACAGUCCGAACCCGGAAAACAACUAGCCGCCGAGACAGCCGAGCUCGUAUUUGCCUCACCUCCCGACCUCAAGAGGGCCAAGGAGCUGUACGCAGAUGUGAAGAGCCGUAUGUCCAAAGUCGGACGGGACCGUGACAGUCUCAAGAUUCUGCCAGCGGCCAUGAUCAUCGUCGGCGACACCAUUGAGGAGGCCAAAGCGAAACGUUUGGACUUGGACAGUCGCGUGCACUAUGAUACCGCCAUCAAUUCCCUCUCAAUCGCCUUGGGAUCCGACGCUUCCAAUUUCGACCCUGACGGCCCACUCCCUGAUGUCAUCCCGGAAUCCAACGCGAGCCAUACGGCACGGCUGGGCGUGAUCGCGCUGGCUAAGGAAGAGAAUCUCACCGUUCGGCAGCUCGCGCAGCGAUACGGAGGAUUCGCCGGGCUCGCUUUCGUCGGCACGCCGCAAUCGAUCGCCGACGAGAUGGCCGUCUGGCUCCACGAGGAAGCUUGUGAUGGCUUCACGGUGUGCCUGCCGUAUGUACCAGAAGGCUUGGAUGAUGUCACGCAGAGGCUGGUGCCGGAGCUGCAGCGACGAGGACUGUUCCGGGAGGAUUACACGGGGAACACGCUGAGAGAGCACUUGGGACUGCCGAGGCCAGAGAAUCAAUUCUUCCCCGAUCAGAGUCGAUGGAAUAUAUUAGAGUCGACACGCUGAGGUCAAGGCCGUGGGACGUCGGGACUUGACUUUUGUGUUAUAAAUAGAUAGAUGUCC